AGAUGAAACUGCCAUUAACGAUAAAAGAAAUAGAGAAACUAUCAGCGAAAUCUACGGUAACUUUAAAUGGAUGGAUACGUUCAGUCAGACAUCAAAAGAAGCUCUCUUUCGCGAAUGUAUCGGAUGGUACGGCAGAUAUACAAGUUCUUCUCCCACCAGAUUCCCAUAGAGGCUUAACAACAGGUGCUAGUAUCAGCGUAGACGGUACCGUUUGCCAACAUCCUCGCAACCAAAGUCUAGAAAUCAAGGCUGAAUCCCUAAAACUAUGGGGCGAGUGUCCAGGAGAGAACUACCCAAUGCAGAAGAAAGACCACGGGAGUGAACACCUUAGAGAUAACGCUCAUUUACGCGUACGGAGUAGACAAAUAGCCUCUGUUAUCAGAUUACGUGAUCAACUUAGCUAUAAUUUCGCAUCAUGGUUUAAAGAUUUCGGUUUCAUGAAUGUCCAACCACCAAUUAUUACAAGCAGUGAUUGUGAAGGCGCAGGAGAGGUUUUUGAAGUGAGACAUCCAACAAAGAGUGAAAAGUUCUUUGGUAGAGAUGCCUACCUAUCAGUUAGCACACAAUUACAUCUCGAAGCAAUCUCAAGUGGUUUUAGUAGAGUUUAUACGCUCUCACCAACGUUUAGAGCUGAAGGAUCACAGACGAAUCGUCAUUUAGCUGAAUUUUGGAUGCUUGAAGCUGAAUUGAGUUUCGUGGAGGACCUCGAAACCGUCAUGCAGGUUGUCGAGAAUAGCAUUAAGAGUUCCGUGAAGAAUUUAACGGAACAUUCAGAAGGUAUUCCUUCUAUGUCUGUGGAUAGUGAUUGGCCUAGAUUAACUUAUACAGAAGCUAUCGAAAUCCUCAAGAAACGUCAUGAAGAUGCACCAUUCCAGUAUAUUCCUGAAUGGGGUGCUUCUCUUCAGAGUGAACAUGAACGAUACCUCGCUGAUACCUAUUAUGGGCGACCACUAUUUGUGACGGACUAUCCAGAGAAUAUCAAGCCUUUUUAUAUGCGCGUUAACGAUGAUGGCAAGACUGUUUCAUGUUUCGACCUUCUAGCACCCGGAAUCGGUGAAUUAGCAGGCGGAAGUUUGCGUGAAGAGCGUUUACAGGUUCUCGAAGACAAGAUGUCAACUGCUGGACUUGACAGAGAGACUUAUGAAUGGUACGUUGAUCUCAGACGAUUUGGAUCAGUUCCUCAUGGUGGCUUUGGUAUUGGUUAUGAACGUCUGAUAAGCGCACUAAGUGGUGUGUCAAACCUUAGAGAUGUCGUCCUCUUCCCAAGGUGGGCUGGCAGAUGUACCUUUUAAUAGAAUGC